CCUUGACCAUCAGUAAGAUGCAUGUUACCAGUAAGUUACUGUUAAAAUGUCACCUUCUAAGUGGUAGUGGAACAAUGUCAUGUAUACAUGAGAUUGAACAGCUAAUUAGAAGUUGGAACCCAAUAGAUCUUGAAUGAACAGAUCAGGAUCCAAAACAGAAAGGGUUGAGAGCUUCUAGCUAGGAGGAGGAUACAGUAAAAUCUCUGGGAGUCCGAGUAAAACUGGCUGUCUCUCAAAUCAAAGACUCCAAAUUCACGGAUUCAAUUCAACAGGUCACGGAUCAUGUUUCGAGAUUCGGGAAAGCCAUGCAUAUGAUACAACCUUCCAAAAUCCUCAGUUUAUCAGUCUGCAAUGGAGAAAAAAAAUGCUUUUCCCUUAGGCAACUCCUUAUUGUAUAAGAUCAUCAUCAUCAUCUUAAGACAGCUAUAUCAUGUAUGUAUUUCUCCAACUUUAUCCAUUUCUUAAAUAAAACGAAAAACAAAAAGAAACCCGAAACUAUAAACAUUAAUUCAUGCAUGAUGCAUGCGAGUAUGCAAAAAAAUGCAAUCACGGGUUGCACAUAAAAUUCAGCUAUAAAACCCUACUGAACUCCAACUCAAUGAAAACAAAAAAGAAUCAAGAGUACAAACUGAAAGAAUGAAUGAUCUAAUGCAUGAGUGAGUGAGUUUGUGAGUGAGUGAUCCACCAAAUAUUCCUUGAUAUCAAAUCAUGGGUACAACAAUGUUUUUAGCAGUGUUCUUCAUUGGCUUGAUUUCCACGUUACCCGCAUUGCCGCCGGCAUUUGCAUGGAAGAAUUGCUGCUGUCCUCCUGGUUAUCCACCCUACCACCGCCCAUCUCCUCCCGGCGGACACCGCCCGCAUCCCCCGAAAACUCCGCAUCCCCCGAAAACUCCACGUCCACACCCUCCUCCCACCACGCCGCGCCCCCAGCCGCCUUUCGUCCCGCCACGCCCUCGGCCGCCUUCCCCGCCGCCGCGUGUUUUGCCACCUAUCAUCACCCCUCCUCCGAUCAUUUCCCCACCUAUCACAAAUCCUCCAGGUAUCAUUCCUCCCAUUAGACCUCCACCGAUCAUAACCCCGCCGUCACCUCCUGGUGGCGGCCGCGGUGGCGGUGGUGGAUACCCUCCUUACACACCUUCUCCUCCGGGUGGUGGAGGUAGAGGUGGCGGUGGUGGUGGUGGCCGGGGCGGAGGCGGCGGUGGAGGUGGUGGCGCGUAUCCACCGGCUCCAACCCCGGCACCGGUGACAAAGUGCCCGAUUGAUGCACUGAAAUUAGGGCUUUGUUUGGAUGUGCUAGGAGGGUUAGUCCAUGUUAUAAUUGGGAAUCCCAUUGAGAAUUUAUGCUGUCCAGUGAUUCAAGGUUUGUUGGAGCUUGAAGCAGCCAUUUGCCUGUGUACUACAAUUAGGCUCAAACUUCUCAACCUUAACAUUUUCCUACCAAUUGCUCUUCAAGUCUUAGCAACUUGUGGAUUCACCCCUCCACCUGGUUUUGUAUGCCCUCCUCUGCCUUAAUUUUGCUUACUUUUCAUUAUGUAAUAAUUUGGAUUUACCAAAAUAAGUGUGUAUCUUUAAUUUAAUUUGGUUGGUGUUAAAUUUGUCACAUUUCUCCUUAAUUUGUUUCAAAGUUUAUGUAUUUUUGUGUUUUCUUUGGUUGAGAAGAAUAUGAUUUUGUGACUCUACUGAUUAUGUCAUGUAUGAUUUGUCACUGAACAGAUUAGUCCCUUAAUCAAGAACUAC